UAUUGCCGACGCACACCGGAAGUGUUGCGUUGUUUGUGUGUUUGAAGGAAGUUUUCUGACACAAGUCUUGCUUUUCGAUGUUGUGGCUUUUCGCUAAGGAAGUUUAAUUACCCUGGGCUAUUAAAGACAUUUCAUCGUGCGAAAAUGCCGAAGGUCGUGUCGAGAAGCGUCGUGUGCUCGGACACCAGAGACCGAGAGGAGUACGACGACGGAGAGAAGCCGCUUCACGUCUACUACUGUCUGUGUGGUCAGAUGGUUCUGGUUCUGGACUGCCAGCUGGAGAAGCUUCCCAUGAGGCCCCGGGACCGAGCCAGAGUGAUAGAUGCGGCCAAACACGCUCACAAGUUCUGCAACGUGGAGGAGGAGGAGACCGCGUAUAUCAAACGGGCCGAGGGCAUCGAGAAGCAGCACCGCAAGAAGUGCGGCAAGUGCGGCCUGUUGCUCUUCUACCAGCACCAGGAGAAGAACAACCCGGCCACCUUCAUAGUGGACGGAGCCGUGGUUAAGUUCGGUCAGGGCUUCGGCAACACCAGCGUGUACAGCCAGAAGCAGCCAGAAGCUCCCAAGAAGGUUCGUGUGAUGAUGACCAAGCGGACCAAAGACAUGGGCAAGUUCAGCUCCGUCACCGUGUCCACCAUCGACGAGGAGGAGGAGGAGAUCGAGGCCCGGGAGGUGGCCGACUCGUACGCCCAGAAUGCGAAGGUGAUCGAGAAGCAGCUGGAGAGGAAAGGGAUGAGCAAGAGGAGGCUGCAGGAGCUGGCUGAGCUGGAAGCCAAGAAGGCGAAGAUGAAGGGGACGCUUAUUGAUAAUCAGUUUAAAUAGACCAGACUGAGGGAGACAAACUGUGACUGUAAUUCUGUGGAGAUCCUGCUGCUCCUCAAACCUCCUCUUCCAUCUGUGAUACACAGAGAGGACAACAUGUGGAGGUGUCAAAACAGGACUAAGUUGCUGCAUGUUGAGAUGGUAAAAUGUUAGACUUUUGAUUUAGUUUGUGAUCUUAGUUUUUUCAACUCUAAAUUUAACAUGAAAAGACUAAAUAAACAUUUUUGUAGUUUUUUAAAAUAAUUUGUUCUUGGUGUCUUAUUUACCAGGGUGUAAACUAUAUUCUGAAAUUUUUAACAUUUAGUGCAUUAUCUUUUACGAAAAGAUUUUGAACCACCUGAAAUUUCUUUUUUAAAAAAAAGUGACAUUUUAACAGUUUUAUGCCUCACUGUAUCAUUUACACAUUACAAUUUACAGAUCAGUGUACCUUCAAAGGCACCGAACAUUUUGUCACAUGCAUCUGGAACUGAACAAUAUAGUAUUUUACAACUUGUCAAGAUCUAGAAAUUAUUUAAAAUUUACAUCCGUUUUCACAUCUGUAUGGUAAUCCUGACCACUUGAACUGAUGCACCGCACAAACUGGCAACUAUUAAGGAUACGAUUAUGUUAAAAUGUAUACAUAAAAAAUGCAAAAAAAGUGUGGCAGUGCCUCAAAAAUAAUGUUCCACUAAAGCAAACUCUGUUUUAUUGAAUCUCCUGACUCGCAUUAUAUCGCACAAUGUUCAGUGUCUAUAAAUACUUUCACAGUGUUUAUUUUCAUCUCUGUAAUUUUUACACUUUGCAAAGUCAGCCCAUGGGCCGGAUUGGACCAAUCACCUAAUGUUUGACACUCCUGUGUUAGACAUUGCUCCCCACCACCAUGAUUAAAACACCAGAUGAGGGAGUGUCUUUUGUAAGAACAGUGUUCAUCGCUCCUGUACAGUUCAGGAAAAUAUAUAUAUCAAGGCACCAUGAAGACGUUCUGGUCACUCAGAACCUUACUAUUUGAUGAAAAGAACUGUUUAUGAUACCACUUCCUGCAUCAAAAUGAAGGAACUGACUGCACUCUUUGACUUACUAAAUGGGGACAGAUAAGAAACUGUGAGUUUAUAAUUUAAUUUAUCACCCAUAUGCAAAUAUACUACCUCAAAAUUCCGUCUCUGGUGGUCUAGUGGUUAAUAUUUGGAAAUCUCUCUGCCAUGGCCUGCCUUUAAUUCCCAGUCAGACAACAAAAUUUAUCCUAAAUUCUCUUCAGAAUCAAUAAAAUAUCUGUCCGUCUGUUUUUUUUUUUACCUAUCCAGAACUCAUUGGGUGGCGAACAAUCUUAACAUGGUGUUUGAAAAAAAAGUACAUUGCAGAUAUUUAUCAUUUGUUAAUGAAAUCUUUAUAUUUGUCAUAUGUAGCAUCAAAAAUAGCAUGCAUUAGAAAGAUGUCUGUAAAUGUGUCAGACAGUGAUUCAUUAAAUGUAGGACAAUGUCUAACUGGCAGGUUGGGCUCUUAAUGUAGGUCAGAAACAGGACAAAUUAGGAAAACAACAUGUUUCAUAGACUGGAUCAGAAUUUUGCUAGAAGUGAUAGAAACGCAAAAGUAUUUAGAGCUACACAUGUAAGCUUUUAUUUGUUGUUGUUAAAAUGAGUUGUGUUUAUGCAAAAAUUCAACUUCACACUGCAAUGUGUGCUGGAAAUCUCAUGGCCAGCUGGUGCAGGAAACAUUAACAUAUGACAAUAACACACAGUUUAAAUUGUCAAGACAGAAAAAGUCCACAAUGAAACCAAUAACAUUAACAAUUCGCAAUUUUUUUGAGUUUUGUCAAUAAAAUGCAGUGAGACAGUCA